UCCAGAAAUCUUCUCUCAGUCCAAUCAUACGCAUACUUUGCCGCCAUGUCGGUCUCCUCCCUGAAAUACUCUGGCGCACACCCACAAUGGUCCUCCAGCAGAUGCACCAAUUCCUCCCCGUACGUCUCUUCAAAGAACAGUUCCCCAGCAAGAACAGGCCACGAGGCCGAAUACCGUGGCGCAACAAUCGAUCCACAUGCUAGCCAUUCCGACGACCGCAUGAGCUUUGGAUCCAGGGCGAAAAGCGGCCCGAUAUCCAUCACCCGAAGCCAGAUAUCUUCUUGGAGGCUACCACCCAAAUUGCCCUGCCACACCGGUAUCACUGCAUCAUGGCUGUUCCCUAUUCCCACUUCAAGCGAAGCCAUCAGAUUCGAAGCAUCGAUCUGGACUAUUUGAAUAGCUUCAUGGCCACGCAAAUAAAAAGUGUACGCCACGCGUAGUGCCUCAGCGAAAUCGUCAAAAACGGAGAUGAACGGACUCGGUCCUGAAUCCC